CUGGUGUGGUUCUUUGAACUUUUGCUUCCGUUCGCUUCAAGAAAAGCAACACGACAGCCAGGUCCCGGGGUGGGGGGCGGGGGGAGAAGCUUCCCUAUGGGGCAUUUCAGCGUUUUACUGCAUGAAACGUGGUGUAUUCAAAUCUCUCAGCCUUUGGGAGGAAACACUCAGAACGCGAACUCCGAACUGGCCAAGAUGAAAGACAAGUUUCAGGAGCACGCUGAGCUUUUUCCCAGCACCCUCCCCUGGUUCAGCGGCUUCUCAACCUUUAAGGUGCAUGCGAAUCACCUGGGGAUCUCGCUACUUAAGCUGAUUUGAGGCACUAGGUCUGGGGCGAAGUCUGAGCUGCUGCAUUUUCAAGCAAGCUCCCAGGUGAUGCUGAUGUGCUGGCUCAAGGAGGGCCACGCUAGGAGUACACGAGGGACGCGCCACCGCCAGGUGUGCCUAUGCCCAGCCUCAGCGUUCCGGAUCGGUGUCCCGCGCGUCCCUGGCCUUCCGCCGGGAGGGGAGGAGCCGGGGGCGGAGCGGGAGGAGUGGCGCGGUCCCCGCGUGGGUCCUGCCGGAGAUCACCUCGGCCCCUUGGAGAGGCGGCCGAGCUGCUGCGGCGGCGCAGGAGGGGGCGGGUUCGGCGAGGGCGCGGCCUCUACGAGCGGGGCGCACGACACGCAUCCCCGGCGCUCGCUCGGGCCGCUCGGGAGCCUCGCGGCAGUCCGCUGCCCCACUUGGCAAUCCGCUCCGUGCUCCUUCCUCGCGCCCGCCUCCUCUUGUCACCUCCCGUCUCAGCCUCCUCACUCCAUCCCGGCUGCAUCCACCGCCAGCCGAGAGUCUCCAAGAGCGAGAGGUGGUGCGCCGGACUGCAGGGCGCGCCCUCCGGCGGACCCCAGCUCGGCAUUGGGGGGCACGGGCAGCGGCAUGGACACCAAGCGCUGCUUCGCCAACCGCUUCGAUGACUACCAGGGCAGCCUGCUGGCGGGCCAGUGCGAGGAGGCGGUGGCGCCCUUGGUCACGGCCACCAUCGAGCGCAUCCUCCAGGAGCUGCCCCCGCUCGGGGGCGGUGCCGAAGGCCGGGGGGCGGCGGCCGCGGCCAGCAGCUGCCAGGGGGGACUGUACGGCGGCGUGGCUGGGGUGGCCUACAUGCUCUACCACGUCUCGCAGAGCCCGCUCUUCGCCGGGGCCCGGGAGCGCUACCUGCGCUCGGCCAAGCGCCUCAUCGACGCGUGCGCCCGCGCCGAGGAGUGGGGCGAACCGGACGCCGACACCCGGGCCGCCUUCCUGCUCGGGGGCGCGGGCGUGUACGCCGUGGCCACGCUCGUGUACCACGCCCUGGGCCGGUCCGACUACGUGCAGCCGCUGGGCAAGUUCCGGGCUCUGUGCGCCGUCUGCGCGCCUGUCUCCUUCCUGGAAUGCGGCUCCGACGAGCUGUUCGUGGGCCGCGCGGGCUACCUGUGCGCGGCGCUUGUGCUCAAGCAGAAACUCGCCCAGGAGGUGUUGACGCCAGCACAGAUCAAAUCAAUUUGCCAGGCGAUUCUGGACUCCGGGAAGCAGUAUGCCAUGAAAAAGAGGAAACCAUUCCCUCUGAUGUAUUCUUACUAUGGAACCGAAUACUUGGGAGCAGCUCAUGGCCUGUCGUCCAUUCUCCAGAUGCUUCUUUCUUACCAUGAGCACCUCAAGCCCUCAGAUCAGGAGCUGGUGUGGCAGAGUGUGGACUACCUGAUGGAGCAGGAACAGAACUGCAACUGGCCGCCUGAGCUCGGCGAGGCCAUCGAGAGGGAGAACGAGCUGGUACACUGGUGCCACGGCGCCCCAGGAAUUGCCUACCUGUUUGCCAAAGCUUAUCUGGUUUCCAAGAAACCGCAGUACCUGGACACAUGUAUCCGGUGUGGGGAACUCACGUGGCAGAAGGGCCUGCUAAAGAAGGGGCCAGGGAUUUGCCAUGGGGUAGCUGGCAGUGCCUACGUCUUCCUGCUGCUGUACCGGCUCACAGGAAACUCUAAAUACAUCUACCGAGCCCAAAGGUUUGCUGAAUUUUUAUUUACCGAGGAAUUCAAGGCCGGUUCCCGGGUCCUUGAAAGCAUAUACAGCUUGUACGAAGGCUUCUCCGGGACCGUGUGCUUCCUGAUCGAUCUGCUGCAGCCCAACCAGGCUGAGUUCCCGCUCUUCAGCGUCUUUGUUUAGAAGGCUCCGUGUCCCCCCCACCCCUCCCGUGGCUCCGCAGAAGGUCCCUGAGAUUUCCUGAGCCUACUACCCAAGGCAGUUUGCACAUAAGCCACAUUCAAUGGUAUCACAGCCAGGAGCCUUAACAUUGCCGUCGGAAGGAAGGAAAGGAGCAGGCAGGUGAAAGCAACAUGAUGCCAGAUUCCAUAGAGAUGGAGUGUUUCAGGGGAUAGGUGUGAGGCCAGAGAGCAGAGGGAAAAGGGAAAGAGAAAGCACCUGUCUUUCACUUAUGGCGUGGAAAACCAAGUUGAAAUGCGGGCUCUGGCAAUGAAAGGCCCCAAAUACCUUUGCCCUUGGAGGGAGAAUGUGGCCAUUUGUGGGUGCCCCGCACCCCCAAAUUCAGAAGCAAAGACAAUCAGAAACCGAAAGUAAUUGCCCAGCUGAAAAUUGCUAGGAGGGCUAAGCGUCAGGUUGCCCAAGGACAAAAAGGGAAACGCUUGGUUGUCCUUUGCCUUUGCGUAUUGAAAUUCGUGAUUUUUAAUGAGUGGAGAAAUUUGCAUAUGAAUCUCUAUUUUUUACCAUUACCCUGGGCACGUUAAGGAAGCAUCUCAUAACUUAGUUGAAACCCUCAGUUUCCAGCUUUCCUUAGGCAUUAGAGCAUCUCUUCUCCUGGUUCCUUUUUCUUUCCGAAACCUCAAUUAGAAUCGUAAAAUUCCUAGGCUAACAAAUACUGCAGCAAGUGUUGCUGUCGACUUUUUUCUCAAUCUGAAGCUUCAGCUGUGUAUUGUCGAUUGUUAGUAAUUUUUAAAAUGCUUAUGUAAUCCCUACGAGGCUAUUAGCUGAACUGUACAAUAUACUUGUGGUAAAAAUCACUCGUCUCAAAGAUCAGGGUAACUACUACGAAGGUGGGUCGUUUCUGCCUUUGAUGGAACACUGUGUCCCCUGGAACAGGCACAUACUGGCCUAGAAAAGGACCCAUGAUGGUGAAAAAAAGAACCUCGCUCAGUUUUAUUCUCUGAGAUUAAGAGAUCCGUGAACUCCCUGGCUGAUCCCUUACCUUCUAAGACACAGGCUCCACUAGAAUUUGUCUGUAAUACUCGCUGAGCCAGGUUGCCAUAUUAAAUUCAGCCCUGCUGUAAACACACAGAAGUUGUAAAACUGCUUCGAGUACGUAGUGAUUUGCAGAAUACGGUAGAAACAUCUGUCACUUCAAUACUCAGAAGACGAAUUUACCCGUUUCCUAGAAUUGGGUCACCGGCCAUUUCACAUAUCAGAGUGAAGAGGAAAUUGCAUACUGUAUUAAUUUAACAGUUAUUUAAAUAGUCAUUAAGUAUUUGGAUAUAUUUGAUAGAUGUAGAAUAUAUACGUAUACAAUCAGUGCUUAAGUUUACAUGGGGAGAGAGAGAUAUAUAUAUUCAUUCUGCAUCUAUCUCCAUGUAAACCUAAGCCCUUAUCUAGUUCAGAAGUUCCCGACUUCUCAAUUCAUAGAUGAACUUUGGGAGGAGUUGGGGGAUACCCUGUUGCCUACAAAUGGCGUGUGUUUGUGUGUGUGUGUGUUUGUGUGUGUAUGUGUGUGCACGCGCGCAUGCGUGCUUUUUUCUGGCAGCAGGAUCUCUGGCAUUCAUUAAGAUUCUCAAAGAACCUGUGGCUAAAGAAAGGUAGGAAGCGUCUUUGUGUAUGUUGUGACUCUGUUUACAUGUGCACUCAUCAGAACCGACGAGGACAAAAUGCUUCUGAAAAGCACGUACCCUUUGAGCUCCUUGUUUCAUCUUCACAUGCUCGGACAAUUGGCCUCCAUUGUUCAUCUUUGAACACGCUCAGGUUGGGGCAGAACCACAUAAAGAGCAGCUUUCAGGUGACUCCCAGAGUUGGGUUCUGGAAGUUCUUUCAUGAAUGGACCUCUCGGAAAGCCUUAAGACAAAAUGCCUUCUACAAAGCAGCCUCCUUUUGAGAUGAUGGUGUGUGUACCUGGUCUUCACCAUUGGGUUUCAGAUUCAUUUCAUCUGACUCCUCUAGGCUGAAGGUCAUAAGCAUUCAAUAGACAGGGCUCAUAGAACGCGCGCGCCUUUCUCUUCGUCCAGCAACACUUCAAGGUCAUUUACGUGAUUGAUCCAAAGUCUCACAGUUAGGAAGGGGAAGAAUGAGGAUUCGGACCCAGGGUGUCCCUUCCCAAGUGCAUUUGUUCAGAAGUCUAGACUAGAACCUGGGGAUAGAGCAGUAACCAGAAUACACCUAGAAGUUAGCUUAGCCGCUGUUCCUGUCUGCUGACCCUUCCACCGUUCACCGCUAAGACCUAACACCUAAUCCUAGAGCCCUCGAAGUGAUCCUCUGGCUCACCAUACCAGGUGCACGUCUAGGAACGUCAGAAAAACUGGCCUCCUUCCUGCUCGCCCGCACUUUUAAGGUCCGGUAGGGCAAUUGUGGUGCCGUUGUGCUGACCCUUGUGAAGAGGCCAGCGUUUUCAUGUGUCAGCUCCAAGAAAAGACCGUGUUUGUGUCUUUAGGAACUGACAUCUCCGUAAACGAGAAACCAGGGUACGCUCGUUUAGCACUUAGACGUGUUGAAAGUGUUCAUUUUCCUGAGAGGUGAAUUAAAGGGAAGGUCCUUAUCGAUCUUAUUUCCCAAGAAGGAAGAAAGAGACCCUUGAGGGUUGCUGUUGAAAAGCGUCGCCUGUCGCUUCUUAUUGAAUUAACCAGCUCGUUCCCUUCUGUGUAUCAACGUUCUUUUGUGAAUAGCGCUGAAGCGUGUUGCCUCUGGGAGGCUGUGAGAAUAUUUUCACCACCGCUAGUAUGACUUUAAUAUUAUGUAUGGUAUGUGACAGGAACAAUUAAAAUCCCUGAAGGUGGCCGUGGAAAAAUUUGAUGGGAGAUCGAAAGACUCAGCAAUGGGGGACACUGCCUCAUGCCUAGAGAACGGGACGUUUUGGCAAAUCUUACAACCCUGUGUAUUUUGUUUCAUUAACACAAUUAUGUAUCUUCUCUUUCACACACACACACACACACACACACACCCUCCAAAUAUUAUAUAUCUUUAUUUCGCCUAAUCCGUUUUAGUCAUCAGAUUUUACUUCUUUCAUUUCUUCCUUUUUUUUUUUUUUUUUUAAGUCUUUUUGCCUUUUCUAGGGCCGCUCCCACGGCACAUGGAGGGUCCCAGGCUAGGGGUCGAAUCGGAGCUGUAGCCACCAGCCUACGCCACAGCCAUAGCGACGCGGGAUCCGAGCCACAUCUGCAGCCUACACCACAGUUCAUGACGACGCCGGAUCCUUAACCCACUGAGCGAGGCCAGGGAUCGAACCUGCAACUUCAUGGUUCCUAGUCGGAUUCGUUAACCACUGCGCCACGACGGGAACUCCUCUUUCGUUUCCUUUGUGACUGAGAACAGAGGUUUGACCACAUACAUUCCCCUGUGCUUCUUCAGGGAAUGGGCUACAUUAUGAAGAUAAUAUUCACUUUCCGAUACCUCGAGAAACAGAGUCAUUUUCUGGGUCUGUGCUAAAUGGGAGCUCUUCCCUGACAAUUCGUUCCCUUAACUUUCUUUGACACACUCGGAUUUUCAUCAAGGCAGUGCUCAAAUGGUUUCCAUUUCUGCAGAGAGCAAAUCUCAGUAAUUUCCAUGCAGCGACUGGAAGUGUGUGACUUAUAACCAUGUUCAGGGAACACAAUUAAAAGAAAAAAACCUUCGUAACGCAAAGAGCCUCGUUUUGGAAAUCUCAAAGCCUUGCUCGUCCUCCACGGCCCACUGCAAUUGCCAUCACCAUCACCUUCCCCACCCCACAGGGUGGUCACUGAUAAAAUGGAUAGAAAAGAGUUUUGUAAUAUGCAGGUCCUUUAUGUGUCUAAAAGGGAAAGCUAUAUUUUAAGUCCCUACUACACACAGAAAAUCGUGCUCACUUAUGACCUCGAAUAAGCAUUUCAGCCAAAUGCAGGGCUUGGAGUCUGGAUCACUUGAUGGGUAAAAACAAAGUAGGGUUUUUUUUUGUUUUGUUUUGUUUUGUUUUUUUUUAAUAUUCUAGAACCAAAUUUGACUGUACCUUUGUGCCUGAGAAAGUUCUGACUCACCGGGGCUGAAUACAUAGAAAUAGGCUGGUUUACUCGGAGCGCCUUUUAAUGCAAAUAUUUAUUUGGCUCGCUGGAAACAGGAUUACAAUACCAGUCACUGGAGAAAAGGAGCUGUGCGGGCUGGGUGGGCAGAGCAAAAAAUGAACUGGGCAAUACCGUCACUUGGGGUGGAGUUUGGCCUGCCUGACCUAUGGCGACAGAAACAAUACUCUCAAUUGCAUUAUAAGGCCUUCCUUUGGGGACCUGGGUUAUUUAUUCAACACGGUGCCAAAUUAAUAGCAAAAUGACUAAGCCUCAUAUUCACCAAGGCCGGGUGAUUGGGGCAUAAACCUGGCAAGGAAAGCAGAUGAGAAGGCAGGCAAAGGGGUGGGUGGGGAAAGCUGGCUGCCUCGCAGCUCAGCAUCUCAGCCUGAGUUGUGGAGGCACGUUGAAGGCUGCUCAAGACCAGUCAUCUUCUUCAUGGGUUGUAUUGCUUCCUGGGACCACUAAUCCCAAACCACCCCUGAUUCAGCAACUUCUUGUCCUCCUCCUCUUUAAAGAGUACUUUCUGACUGGUCCCCAUCCCACCCCCCCCCAUCCCUGCCCCGCGUCUGCUUAAUCAUGUGACCCCCUUUCCGCCCGGGAGGGCAGGCUCUCUCCUUAUCUCGGCCAUCCAUGUCAGUUGGUGGCUAAGAGCUCCAGGCUCAGGAAGGCUGGACUCCCCUCCGGAUGGAAAGGGCGACCUCAAGGUCAGCAGCAGAAGGAGUGGGGCCCAUUCUGCCGUCAGCCCACUCCAGGGUGCAGCUGUUCACGAGAGGAGAGCAGCAGCUGCAUGCAACCCGCUUUUCCUCUACAAAGAACCCUGGUCAUUUUAUGUGUACUGUUGGGGGAGGGAAAAAAAAAAACCAAGCCCCAAACCCAAGUUCAUGCUACAUGAACUAUCUGGGCCUCCUGCAUUAUCAUAAAUCUCACAGAGGGGGUGCCCUCUCUCUCCUUGGGUCGUUCGUUCAUUGAAAGUGCUAAGGAAUUGAGGCCUGCCGGAUGAUGCCUCUGGGGGUGCAAAUAUAUUUGUUUUUGUUUGCUCAAAGGACUGAACCUUGUCAUUUCCGGGUGGACGUUUCCACAAACAGCCAAGUCCCCUCUCUGCAGAAUUUCCUGCAGCUGCUUUUGCUUUGUGUACCUGUUAAACGCCUCUGAACUGAAUUUGAAGCAAUUCUUUAAAAUGAAAACCAGAUCAUCCAUAUUUUGAUGCUCGGGUAGUGGGGAGAGGGCUGGGGAGGAGCAUGGUUCAAAGAGCAGGUGACCUUUUCUUUGUCUUCUUGCCUUUCUCCUCCGCACGACAUCCAGGAAGGAGAGGGAGGGAGGGAGAAAAGAUAGAGGAGGCUUGACUGUUGCAGACGGUGAAAACAAGGUUUGCAAGGACUUCCUGUUUGCUUCCUGUUUGGUUUUUGUUAGUCCCUGUAGGAAACUGUGUGUGUGUGUGUGUGUGUGUGUGUGUGUGUAAGAGAGACGGAGUUAAAGUCAGCAUCACAGAUGAAACGAAACCCAGCAUUUAACUCUUAAAUAUAUCUGAGUGAACAGGUAUAUGCAGGCCUAAAGUGAUGAAUGAAGGGCUCUUCAUUGUGUGUUAACUGCUCUCUAAUAAACUAGCACAUCAUUACUGAGGGUCCUAAGUUACACUUCUAGUUGUCUGUCUGAAGCAUUCAUUUUCAUUAAAACUUCUUCUCCCAGGUUAAAGCCAUUAAUAGCCAUCUGUAGACAAUAAUAAGAGAUGUGAGUUUCACAAAUAGAGUCGCACAUGUGAGCCGCAUAUGUCACUUGAAAAUUUUCUAGUAACCACAUUGCAGAAGUUUCCAAAACGUGAAAAUCAUUUUAAUAAUGUCGUGGAGUUACCUCAGUCUAGCCAAAAUAUCAUUUCAGCCUGUCAUCGCGAGACAGUUAUUGAGAUACUGGACAUUUGGGGGGACCGACUCUUCCCACUCUGGUGUGUCUUUUGCACGUCCUGCACAUCUCAGAUCACACUAGCCACACUGCACGUGCCCAAGAGCCACCCGUGGGGUGGCUACCGCACUGGACAGCAGGGCUGGCAUCCCUCUGCUGUCCCACAGUAUCGGAAGGUUCGCCUUCAGCACAUGCAUGUUUGCGUGGUUGCAUGAGAUGAUGGAAACCAAACAUCGCUUGCUGUUUGAGUCCUGCAGGGUUUCCCCAAAUGCAGAACACCGGGACCCAAAGAGCUGCCUUGUGGAGAAACAGAUGCAGUGAGAAAUAAGUUAGGAAGGCUCUAUUCCUGUACCCCCUUUUGGAGGGGUCCAUGGCGCGCUGAUGUAUCACACACCCUGAGCAAAUCCUUCUGGGUCAAGGAACCUGCUUGACGUUGUUGAGCUCUGUGUCUCUAAGACUCAACUCCCAAUCCUGGCUGUUACCUGGAUACCACUAUAAACCCACGCUUGGUCCGGCAUGGUACAUUUAUGGUAUGCUUAGAAUAGUAUUUUUUUUUUUUCCUACAGAGGUGUUUUAACACCCCUUGCCCCCGCCCCAGGCCCGUGAAAGAUACCAGAACAAUGGUUCUGUUCCCAAGUAUCAAGUCCUAUGAAUGAUCGUGGCCUCACAAAGACCCCAGGUCAUGUUUUAGGACACUCUGGGGGACAAGACGUCUGGAAAUUGCCACAAGUAUCUCUCCCUAAGAGAAACUUUGUAUCUUCGCCCUCCUUCUCCACUCUUGUUGGAGCUUCUCUCUUCUCAUUCUUUGUAUCCAGAAUCCCCUGAGAGCCAAGAUAAUGUGUUCUUGUUCUCCAACCAGUGCUAAACUGAAACCAGCAGAUAGAUGGCUGUGAUAUCUUGCAAGCGGGCCCAGAGCCACACACCUUCCUCUCAUUGUCUCAGUAAUGGUGAGCACCCUACCAACAGCAGGGGAGAAACGUCUGAAUGUGGAUAUGUGUGAACACAGAAUCCAGUUUCCUGAGUAGAGUAAAUACCGUUCCUGCUAAUGCUCUUUAAAAAAAAAAAAAAAAAUCUUGUGCGUGGUGUUCAUUUCCAUGCUUUAAUGUGUCCUCUGAUUGUAAACCGCGUAAAGUAGCUAUCUAUGACUUAGCAAUCAGCUUAGAGAAGAUACACACUCUGCUUACUGACUCUUGAUCUUCAGCGAAUGAUCUUUUUGCCUUUGUUUUCGUGAGACCUCUGAUGCUGCCCCAUAAGUUUUGUCUUACGAUCUGCGCUUAAGUGGCAAUUACCAAUUAAAUACCUGCUGUCGCUGAACUUGGUCCCCGUUAACCCUCCUAUGUGGAUGUGUUCAAAUAAGAAGAGUGAUUUAAAUGAUCAGUUCUGUCUGUUUUUUAGGACUUUCGUAUUUCAAUAUUAGAGAUGUCUUCUGAAAACUAUAGCAGCGGUAGAAUCCCUUAGCUCUUGAAAAUGCAAAGUAUGCCAUGAGUUUUAUGUAGACUUUCCAGAAGUAGGAGCGAACAGUCUAAGUGCAAAAGUUAGGGUGUAGAAUCUAUCUGAUUAGGAAGGGCAGUCCGUUCUCUAAAAAGGUUACAGCCUUCCCGACUUUGAACAUCUGGGGGAGCUCUACUAAGAAAGAAAGUCUGAAUUGGAAUCUUAGGGAGUCAAUGGCGCUAAAUUAACACAAAAUUUUUAAAUGGAUUUAGUAGAAUCCCAUUAUUAGGGGAAAUCACUUUGCAGAGCCAUAUACUGGGGAAUAGUCAAGCACCACAUGUUGGUUUUGGAAUGUGCAUUUCGCAAGGGUAAUAGAAUUUACUUCAUCAAAAAAGAUUUUUUUGCACAAUUCACAAUACUUACAGAAAUAUGACUGUAUCAUUGGAGGGAAAAAACUCACCUCCCUAAUGAUACAUUUCACAUACACUGGUAAACUAGUGCAAUUCCUUAUUUAUUUGGGGUGGAUACAAAACAAUAAUCUGUCCAUAGACUAUAACUGCUUAUUCCUAACUGUAUUUAGAAAUGAAUACAUACUAUGAAUGUACUAUUGAAUGUUGAAGAACUGCUCAAUAAAUUAGUAUUAAUAAAAUUGUACUCUUGGCAAUUCAUUCGCCUCAGCACAAAUGCAGAGUUAAAAACCUGUUUAUUAUAAAAGACUCCAAAUCAUAGAUUACUAUGACUUUAAAAUUCUAAUUUCCAAUAGCACUGAAUCCAACCCAAGUUAUGUGUUGUAUAUAACUAAAAUUUUGAAAGUCUUGCACCCAAGAGGCUUCUUCAGAAAUGCCCCCCCCUUUUGCCCACAACAGAUUCUAUGACAUACUGCUAAUUAUUAUAUUUCUUUAGGGGUACUUUGAGGCACUUUCAAAGACACAUCUGUAGCAGUUAGGUCUAAAUUUAGGGCAGAACAUUCUGUCAGAUAUUUUACUAUAUCACAAAAUGUUAAGACUACUGUAUUUUAUAAUAAAACCAAAUUCUCAAAUACUCUGGUAAUAUGACAUAUUAUUAUACCAAAAAAACCACUUUCUAGAAGCCUAUUAUCGUGUCCUUAAUCUUUUAAGAAAAUAAUGGGUAUUUCAGUCCUAGCAAGAAAGUCAAAUGCAGUACAUGUCAUUAAAUCGAUCUUUAGUCAAAAUCCAUCUAGGCAUUUGACAGGGAAACUAGCAAACAUAAGCUCGAAUGUAUCCAUUGUUCUCAAGGACACAAUGGCAAACGAUAAUACACAAAGACAUGGUCACUGAGGCAAGUCAGGCGGUGUGCAGACCGAGAAGGAUCAACUUGCCAAUGCUCAUCAGAUUGUAGCUUUUGCUUUUGGUGGUUCCUGGCAGGGGAAGUGCUACAGACCGUGGGUGUUGUCUUCCCUUCAUGUGGGAAAUUUCUUUGCUCACAGCCAGUGCAGGGUAUAAUGAAAUCUCUUUGGAAGCAGGGUUGAGUCAGAAGCUUAGAGAUGCACCUUACUGUCUUUAAAACGGCUGUUCCAAUGUUCAAAACACUGUGAUCCUUCCAAAUGUGUUUUCUGUAUUCGUUUUGUACUGCAGGAAAUAAACUGGACUCUAUAGCGUUUGAAGCAAUGUUAUUUAUUGGCUUAUCACCCCCCCCGCAUAUUUAUGUACAAUCUCCUCAAUAAGAUAAAACCUGUGCUACUCCUUUGCCUUAAAAAUGAAAUCCAAUGCUAAAUAGUGUGUGCUCCAAUUAAUAAUUUUUAAGCUACAAGUUCUUUUUCCUCUAAAGCGUAAGACAGUGUCAAAUAAAAUAUUACACAAAUA